GACCGGUAGUGAUGUCCGUUGUCUUCCUGAAGUCGAACAGUCGAACACAGCCAGACUCAAGCUCCUUGACUGCAACUUUUAUAAACAAUUCAUUCCCCAUCACAACAAAAAUAUUCCCACGAGGUGACCCAAUCUGACAGCCAUCAAUAAACCCGUGUUCCGCCCAAAGGCGGCUUCACUGGCCUUGUGAUCGCACAGUUCCGGCGCCUUCAGGUCGGCGGGGAAGGCGAGGCGAAGCGGCUGCAGAUGGAAGCUGCUCCGACGAAGGCGAAGCUGCAGGGCCGCCUUCUGGUGUCCAGCCAACUGGACGCCAAAGACGAGCUGGAGGAGAAACUGGAGCGGUGUGUGGGAGUGGUUCAUGCCUUGUCCAAUGGACUUUCAGAAAGGGAAGCUAACGAUGCCCUGACCGCCAACGUGUGCAAAGGCCAGCAGCAACAUGAAGAGGUGUGUCUUGGUCUCUUUGCUCUGCUCCUCACUGAACCGGCUCAGGCCCAGAGGUGUUACAGAGACCUGACACUCAUGAACAGAGAUGGAAUGAACGUGAUCCUGGUGAAGAUCAACCAGAUCCUAAUGGAGAAGUUCCUCAAGUUGCAGGAUGUUCCUAGGAAGCAGCUGGUGUGGCUGGUCAGAGAGCUGGUGAAGAGCAGUGUGAUGGGAGCUGAUGGGGUCGUCAUGACACUGCUCAAACAGAUCGCAGGAGGAGAUGUUUCCACAAAGAACCUUUGGUUGGCUGAAAGCGUCCUUGACAUCCUGCUGGAACAAAAGGAGUGGGUUGUGAAGAGCGGGAUGCUGAUCGCCAUGUCCGUGUACACAUACCUACGCCUGAUCGUUGACCAUGGCGCGCCGAGCCUGCUUCCUCUACGUCAGAAGGAAGUAGACUUCUGCAUCAGCAUGCUGCGGGACAAGUUCUUGGAGUGCGUGAUCAUCGGGAGAGAUCUGGUGCGCUUGCUUCAGAACGUGGCUCGUAUCGCUGAGAUGGAGCUCCUGUGGAGAGACCUUCUCCACAACCCUCAAGUCCUCAGUCCCCAGUUCACCGGUAUUCUCCAGCUGCUCACGGCUCGGACUUCCAGAAAGUUCCUGGCGUGCCGUCUGACCCCUGACAUGGAGACCAAGCUCCUCUUCAUGACGUCCAGGGUGCGCUUCGGGCAGCAGAAGCGCUACCAGGACUGGUUCCAGAGGCAGUACCUGUCCACGGCCGAGAGCCAGUCUCUGCGCUGUGACCUGAUCCGCUACAUCUGCGGCGUGGUCCACCCGUCCAACGAGGUCCUGAGUUCUGACAUCCUGCCGCGCUGGGCCAUCAUCGGCUGGCUACUCACCACCUGCACGUCCAACGUGGCCGCCUCCAACGCCAAGUUGGCGCUUUUCUACGAUUGGCUCUUCUUCAACCCUGACAAAGACAGCAUCAUGAACAUAGAGCCCGCCAUCUUGGUGAUGCAUCAUUCCAUGAAGCCUCAUCCCGCAAUCACCGCCACGCUGCUUGACUUCAUGUGUCGGAUCAUUCCUCAUUUCUUUCCUCCGUUGGAAGUUCAAGUUCGUCAAGGCGUCUUUAACUCUCUCAACUUCAUCAUGGAGAAGAGAGUGCUGGCUCACUUGGCGCCAUUGUUUGACAAUCCAAAGUUGGACAGAGAGCUUCGCUCAAUGCUCAGAGAAAGAUUCCCUGAGUUCUGCAGUGCUCCUUCACCACCUAUGGAAGUGAAAAUGGAGGAGAUGGACAACCACAUGAUGGACAAGGAUGAAGGUUGCUAUGACAACACAGAAGCUGCCUUCAGUGAUGAUGAGGAGGAGAUGAACAACAAAGGAAAGAAACGGGAGUUCAGGUUUCAUCCAAUCAGAGAGGCAGUGAGGGAGGAGCCUGCUGACAUCUCACCCUGGCUCGACCAAUUAGAAGACACCAUGAAGGACAAGGUGACCCAGCUGCAGAAGUCAAGUGACACGGAGACGCAGUGUGAGGUCAUGCAGGACAUUGUGGACCUCAUCCUGGAGGAGGACUUUGACACAGAGCAGAUGUCUGCUUUAGCUUCAUGUCUUGCUGAAGUCUUUAAAGAGCAUUUCCGAGGAGACGUUCUACCAGAAGACAUCACAGAAGAGUCCCUGGAGGAGUCUGUGUGCAAGCCAGUGUGUCUGGUCUUCAGGAACCUGGUCACCAUGCAGGAGGACAACAGUGGCUUCUCAGUUCUUCUUGACAUGCUGGCUGAACUUUACCAGAAGCAACCUAAAAUUGGCUACCAUCUCCUCUACUACCUCAAAGCCAGCAAAGCAGCUAACGGGAAGAUGAUGUUGUACGAGUCGUUUGCUCAGGCCACGGCUUUAGGUGACCUUCACACGUGUCUCAUGAUGGACAUGAAGGCGUGUCAGGAAGAUGACGUCCGAUUACUUUGCUACCUGACACCCUCCAUCUACUCUGAGUUUCCUGAUGAGACGUUGCGAAGUGGAGAGCUGCUCAACAUGAUCGUAGCCGUCAUUGAUUCCACACAGUUGCAGGAGCUGAUGUGUCACGUGAUGAUGGGCAACCUGGUGAUGUUCCGCAAAGACUCGGUUCUCAACAUCCUCAUCCAGUCAUUGGACUGGGAGACCUUUGAGCAGUACAGCACCUGGCAACUCUUUCUGGCCCACAGCAUCCCCCUGGAGACCAUCAUCGCCAUCCUGCAACACCUCAAGUACAAAGAACAUCCAGAGGCCUUGUCCUGUCUGCUGCUGCAGCUACGUCGAGAAAAGCCCAGUGAGGAGAUGGUGAAGAUGGUUCUGAGUAGACCAUGUCACAGUGAGGACCAGUUCACCACCAGUCUUCUGAGACACUGGGCAUCCAAACACGACGACACUCUGGCAGAACACAUCAAAGCUCAACUCAUCAAGAACAACAACCAACCCCGAAAGAGACAAAGUCUUCGUAGUUCCAGCAGCAAACUGGCUCAGCUUACUCUGGAGCAAAUCUUGGAACACCUGGACAACCUGAGACUUAGUCUUAGCAACACUAAGAACACCUUCUUCAGCCAGACUCCGAUCCUUCAGGCUCUGCAGCACGUUCAGGCCAGUUGUGAUGAAGUGCACAAGAUGAGGUUCAGUGACCUGUUUGCGUUGGCCGAGGAGUACGAGGACUCGCAGUCAAAGCCUUUGAAGUCUCGUCGUAAAGCAGCCGCCACGUCGCCUCGCUCCAGGAAGGGCGUGGCUCCGCCCACCAACAACGAGGAGGAGAGCGCCUCCAGCAGCGCCUCGGAGGAGGAAGACUCCAAGCCCAAAGCGCCAAAGAGGAAGAGGAAAGGCUCGUCAGCCGUUGGCUCUGACAGCGACUGACCAGACUCCGCUGCCUUUUUUUUCCCCCCUGUGAACACUGGCUGCCAACAGGCCCCGCCCCCUCCCCACCCUCCGCCACUCUGACAGGAAGUGUCUGGGUCGGCCUUUUCCCACAAUGCACUGUGAUUUUAGCAGGAUGUUGUCACUUUGGCUUGUGUUUUUUUGGAACUCUUAUUGUGGAGGUUUGUGACUUCCUGCUGUUUUUUAGCAGUUUCUUCCUGUUUGUCACGCUGCAGUAAAAUACUUUGUAUAAAACCUGCUGCUGUUACACUUAUUUUGAAAGCUAAUGCUAACAUCACAGCCUGCUUCUGCCCACAUGGAGGCGGCAAGUGUGCUCAUCAUGCGUGCGCCGCUUCUGCUGUGCUGUUCCUUCAAGAGUGGACAAGACCUUUUCAGGUGACGCUUUCAUCUGGGACUAGUACAGGUACUUGUACAGGUACUGGGAGUGUAUGUCUUACGGGUAAGAUACAGGUGCUAAGAGUUGUGUUGACGUGAUUGACACCUGCUUUGUUUGGGCUUUCAGUGGUUGCAAUCAUGUCAGAAGUCAAGUCGUGAUCAUCUCUGCGGACUUUGGUUCUGACUUCAGAACGGAUUCCGGACUUUUUUUUAUCCUGUCCCGUCGUCCAUGUCCCCUGUUGUCCCCGCAAUGGUGCCGCAGCACCUCGCCGGACCGGAGCAGGCUGCUGACCAGGAUGACAACCACCCCAGUCCAGACGGCCGGGC